AUGUUCAGAAACAACUACGACAACGAUGCGGUCACCUUCUCCCCGCAAGGCCGGAUCUUCCAAGUCGAAUAUGCACAAGAAGCCGUCAAGCAAGGUUCCGUCGUAGUGGGACUCGUCAACAAGACACAUGCCGUGCUGGUCGGCCUCAAGCGUAAUGCCGAAGAGCUGUCCUCGUACCAGAAGAAGAUCAUCGAAGUCGACUCCCACAUGGGCAUCGCCAUCGCCGGUCUGGCAUCGGACGCUCGGGUGCUCUCCAACUUCAUGAAGCAGCAGUCGCUCAGCUCCCGCAUGACCUACGGCCGUCCGCUCCCUGUCGACCGCAUUGUCAGUCAGAUCGGCGACCGCGCCCAAACGAACACUCAACAUUACGGCAAGCGCCCCUACGGUGUCGGUCUGCUUGUCGCCGGUGUCGACGACUCCGGCCCGCACCUUUUCGAAUUUCAACCCUCCGGUAUGACCCAUGAGAUGGUGGCAUGCGCCAUCGGAGCCCGCUCCCAGAUGGCUCGGACCUACCUGGAGCGGAAUCUGGACAAGCUGGAGGCCUCGUCGCGCGAUGAGCUCAUCACGCACGGCCUGCGGGCACUCAAGGAGUCCCUGUCUCAGGACAAGGAGCUGACGGUGGACAACACAUCCGUGGGUGUGGUGGGGCUUGCGGGCGAAGGUGCCCCGGGGAAGAUCGAAAGCUUCAAGCUGUACGAGGGGCAGCAGCUGGUGCCGCUGCUGGAGGCACUGGAGCAGGCGGAUGCGGGCGAGACGAAAGAUGAGGAGACGAUGGAGGUUGAUUCAUAG